AUGCCAUUGUGUGUCCAUGGCAUGUAUCAGAUGACAGAGUUGCUUGGAGCAGGAAGCUCUGGACACAUUACUAGUGCUUUCCAUAUCCUCACUGGCACAGAAGUUGCACUCAAAUCAGGGACUGCAUUGGAAGAUGCACCAGACAUGCCUUGCAUAGUGCGUUACGAAGCUAUGGUGUAUAGCCUCCUGCGUGGUCACCCAGGCAUACCAUCAUGCAAAUGGAGUGGCCUGGAUCGAGGAUCAUAUGUCUUGACUCUGGAACAUCUAGGUGCAAAUCUCGAACAGCUCCACAGACUGUCCAGGGGCAAACUUCCUUGGAAGACCGUAGUCAUGCUUGGAGUCCAAAUGUUGAACAGAGUUGAAUUUGCCCACUCGCGUGGAAUCAUACUACGGGACAUCAAGCCUGAGAAUUUUGCGAUGGGCAUUGGGGAAAAGUCUCACUUUGUCUAUCUAUUGGACUUUGGUUUGGCGAAGCUUUAUGUCAACCCAUCCACAGGAGCACAUAUACCAUAUCGUGAAGGUCGCAUUCCAUUGGGGACCAUGUCAUAUUCAAGCUACAAUGUGCAUCUCGGACGAGAACAAGGACGGCGAGACGAUCUUGAAGCAUUGGGCAAUGUCCUACUAUCUCUCUUGCACGGCCGUCUUCCAUGGGAAGACAUCUACGCACCCAACAAAGAGGCCAGUUUGCGUCGAAUGGCAGAGAUGAAAGCUGAGUCUGCAGCAUUUCGUGACCUGCUCGCAUGUUCUCCUGCUGAGUUCACAACAUACUUUGAUCACUGCCGCAGUUUGAAGUUCGAAGAAAAGCCGAACUAUGGGUUGUUGAGACAAUUGUUUAGCCAGAUAAUGGAGAGGGAAGGAUGGACAGGAAAUACGAGGUUUGAUCCACUGGAUGGAAGUUCUGACAAAGGUACACUGGUACCCAAAGAGUAUAAAUUAGAUGUCCGGUUCACAGGGGGAGAUUUGACCACACUACAGGUCAUGAUAGCUCGCUUUCUUUGGCUGAGGAAGAAACUGUCAAGCGUAAAGGAGAAAGGUGGGUCGUCCUGCAUUGGUGGCUAA